UCAGCUGUGAGCGGACCCACCGACCAACCACCAGACCCGGGACGGUGGCGGUGCAGCCCCGCAGGUCCUCACCGGAGCUUCACACGGUACAUUCACCGGCCAACAUGGACUAACAGCAGCGGAGACACUCAGCUUCAAACCCGCGUCCCUCCCUCCCCCCCCUCCCCCUGUGGUGGCCAGGCGGCGUCAUGGCGUCCCGGCUGCUCGACCGUCUGAAGCGCUCGCUAUUUAAAGAUGGUCAGGGGGCGGGACCCGAGCAGGAAGCGGCAGGCGGACAGGAAGAGGAGGAGUUUAAAGAGGACCACUGGGAGGCGGAGCUGGAGGAGGAGGAGGAGUGCGUGACCGAUCGGCUCGGGGGGACGCUGUGCUUCGACAGCGGAGGAGGAGGAGCAGAGGAUGGAGCUGAGGGCGAGGGGUCAGGGCUGGACAGUGACUCAGACUUCCUGGGAGAGUCAAUGGAGGAGGGGCUCAGCAGCACAGACACCAGUCCUGUGGGCGUGUCUCCGGUUGGCCCCUCUGCGUCCUUCCUGCUGACUCGGCAGCUUCAGGAGAGCUGGAGGACCCUGCGUGGACUCGGCGGAGGAAGUCCCACCUCGGCCGGGAGGCAGCUGACAGACAACUUGCUGUUUGAGGUGACCGACGCCAGUGUGGUGCAGGACGGCUCCUCUAAAUAUGUGCUGUACACCAUCCACGUGAUCCAGUCUGGCGGCAGCGAUAAGACUCCAGCCAUCAUCACACGCCGAUACUCCGACUUCCAGCGGCUCCACGCUACCCUGCGCCGUAACCACGGAGACCAGAUGGAGCGUGUCUGUUUCCCACGAAAGAAGCUGCGCAGGAACUUCACGGCAGAGACGAUCGCCAAGCGGAGCCGAGCAUUUGAGCAGUAUCUGUCUCACCUGUGUUCCCUGUCGGCCCUGCGGGGGACGCUGUGUGUCCGACAGUUCUUCUACCUGACUGACCUGCAGACCGGACAGCUGCUCAUCAGGGUGGGACGUUACCAGGAGGCCUUGGGUCCGCUGCUCAACGCCAAGAGACUGCAACACAAACUGGGCUGGGCAAGUUACUAUGACAACCAGGCUCAGGCCCCGCCCCCGGCCUCCUCCCAUUGGUUCUUCACCCUGGUGGGACUGUCGAGCUGUUUCCAGGAAGUGGACCAGCUGGAGGAGGCACGGGAUCACUGUGACCUCGCCCUCCGUGUCCUGACCCCCGCCGAGACUGACACAGGGGGAGACAGGCCCCUCCCUCUCCAAGAUAAGCCCCGCCCACUGACUGAACAGCACGACUCAUCAAGACGACGCCUCGACAGGCCACACCCCCUCCUGUUGCCGUUGUUACAGGCGGUGGUUCGGCUGUCGUGGCAAACAGGAAGGGACAAGCGGCAGUGGGAGGAGCUUCUGCAGCACCUGGAGGAGCAGAGGGCGGGGCUAGACAAUCAGCCAACCAUCAAAGAGUUUUUGGUCAAACACAACCUUCUGGAGAGCGAGGGGGAGGGCUAGAACAACACACACACACACACACACACACACACACUGCAGAGUACAAUCACUGCACUGCAACACGAGUGCUGCCGCCACUGUUUGAAAAAACAUCAGAGAUUUUGGGAAUAAAGUGAUGAGAAAAUGUUUUUCAUAACUUUGUUAUUCUAAAAAAAAUUUUUAAAUAAAUGAAAAAAAAGAAGUGAAAAUUUAAUAAAUAAAAUAAUAUAAGUGAGAAGUCAAAAUACAAUAAAAAAAAAAUCUGAGAACCAAAUUGUAAUGAUGGAGCAAAAAAAAGGCGCAAAUAAAAGUCAUAAUACCGCGUUGUUCGUCUCAUAGCAUCAUGACUUUUGUCUUGUAUAAAGUCUGAAAAUAUUGUUUCUGAUAAUAUUAAGACUUUUCUUAAAGUACAACUUCUUUCCUCAAAGUAUUUCCACUUUGUUUUCAGUGUCUCUGAUUUUGUUUUCUAACAGUGGCUGUGACGCUCCGUCAGCAUCAUCAUGUGAUCAAUCAUCCUUUAAAGCCUUAAACCGGUUCAGUGAUCACAAACACUCUGAUGCUUCAAAUCAGGAGGUUUCCUGUUUUUAUUCCAAAGUGUGGGUCGCUCUGACUUCACAAUAAUCCUUAAAAAAAGACAGAUCUGCAGCCGUAUUCACGUAUUGUGCAAUUGUUAGGAGUCAGUGUUGUGAUGGUCUACGAAAAUUCAUAAAGGGAGAAUUUGUCAAACAAUUUCCUUUAAAACUAAAUCCAAGUAAUGAAAAGCUACCUGCAAAGCAUGUUGGCACUGAAAAUGGUUUAAAACUAUUUUACAGUUUGGAGAAAGAAAUCUGAAAUAUAUAAAUCCAAAUACAUGAAUAUAUAAUGUGUAAGGCUUUGGGGAGCAGAGGAAAACACAGGGUUCUAUCUGUGUUCACCAGCUUGCAGUAUUAUUCUCUGCUGCCUUUGCUUGUUUAUUGCUGUAUUUCUGUCACUCAGUCCCUCCAGGAUGUUUUGAUCGCAGCAAUUAAUGCCGGGUUCACGCUACACAACAUCAGCUCGGCAUGGCAUUGACCAAUAUCGGCUCCGAUCAUGAAUGACAAUGACUGUCCUGCGCAGUAAUCCAUUGUUUUAUCUUGUGUAGUUUGUCAUAGCAGACAACAGCUAACACCACGUUUAGGACGCCUCACGAUGUCCUGACAGAAAGUCUAACAUGUUUGAUUUUCUUUUUGUCGUCCACGACUUCUCCCGUCACAGCUGUCACUUUGACCAAUAGGAACACAGAGCGAUCUGCUGCCGUGGAAACUGUACGACAACAACAGCGCAGCCUUUCAGAUAUUUCCUGUAGGGACGUUAGCACACAGAGUAAAAAGGAAACAGCAGAUUAUCAACUCGCUGAGUACUGCCAUUAGCAUCAAGCUAGCAAAGAAUGUUCUUUCUUCAUAAUGGAGGAUAUAAAGGAAUCAAACUCACAGAUAGUGUCUGGUCCUUUACUCAGCACAGCUGCAGAGGCUACCAGCUGCAUCUCUAAGACACUACAUUAGAAACAGGCCGUCAUUUUUCUUCUAUUUUUAGUUUAAUCCGCUCCUGUUCGUCCUGUUAAAUUUAAUGCGUUGCGCCGUCAUUUCAAACGCAACACUUCCUGUAUCAGUUUCAGAUUAAAAGCCCCCGAUCAUUUCAUUUUUUUUAUGUGGUACUUAAAACGUAGCUCCGCCCAUCUGGUGACACUUUUUAACGGUACUACAGUAGCAUUACUGCUGGGACAUGAACAGACACACAGACUGAAAUAGUGGUAGUAACAAUAAUAAAAAACAGGACGAGAAUAAUCCGAUGACGUCACGCACAUUGUGAAAGACGACUGGCAAUGAUUGGUCGUGGACCAGUGUGUAGUGUGUCAUGUCUGUCGGCCAAGUCACGGCAAGAUUUUAUGACUCCACAGUCGUCUAAUCUGACAUAGUGACUGUCUGCAUGGAUAAAAAUGUUUAGUAGUCUGAACCCAGCGUAACCCAAAUCAGCCAAUUUAGUGCAGUUACCACAACUUCAACAUAAAUUUGUUUAAAACAGGUAAAAUCUCAUUUCAAAAUGGAGCUGCGUGCAGCGUAUCGAUUCAUUCAGCCCCUCUCUCUGUUUAUCAUGAAACUGCUGCUGUUCCUGUGACAGAGACACACAGUGACAGGGCUAACUGUUAGCAUCACACAGCUAACGUUACUCAAUGUUUAUUAACAGCUUUAAUGACAGAGUCGAGCCAUGUCGGUGUCGGUGGGAGAUUGUUGGGACUGUUUAAUGGCUCCAUGUCACUUGUCAGCCGCUGCUGCUGUGUUAGCUCUUUCUCACCGGGCAGGGACAGCAGGAGGGGAGCAGGUGACAGAGAUGGGCCUCCAGUGCUGCGUCAAACUGCAGCAACAGCUGAUCUUCACUGAUCACCCCACCAUCACAGAUAGAUUCUAAUUCUGUGAGAAACACUGAAUGCUCAUAAUGUGCUUCAAACCCGUGAUGGCAUCGCAACGGUUUUUGCAGUUUUCACUUGCGUCUGCAAAAAACUGCCUGAAAACAUCGUUACAUGAAUCUCAAGUUGUGAGAAAAGCUGCCAUGAAAUCUAACAUGUCGGGCCGCAACAAUUGCUGUGACAUCCUGGAGGGACUGAACACCGCCACCUGUAGGUCAGUGGGAUCGUGUGAAACCAUUGGCAGGACUGUAGCAGGUCCCAUGUACAUUGAGUCCUCGAGACGAACAAAACAGGGACCACAUGACCUGCAGUGCAGGUACAGGUCAGAAACUAUAUAAAGAAUGUAAAGGCGAUGACAUCAGCUGUAGAUUAAACAGCAAUAAUCAGUUCAGUGGUGAGACAAUCUUCAGUAAAUAGUUUAUCACAACUGAAAGAAAGAUAUUAUACCUGAGGCAUCUCCAGCUGCUGCUCACCUGAAUGCACAGCUGUGACUCCACCUUUAGGUUUAUCACCCUGUAGCACUUUUAUAAAACUGUGCCCAGAAUGUUUGUGAACACGGCCAGGAUUAUUUACUGAAUACUUUUGCUUUUAUUAAGACUACAAUAUAGAUUUGAGGAACAAACUUAUUUUGUUGCACUUUUUUGAAUCAUAAAGCAGCACUGGGAUGUUUUCACCUGCAGCGGACAGUUUAUAUGAAAAUGUUGCCAGUAUGUAAUAUUCAGCAGUUACACUGCGUUCACAUGGAAUCAGGCAGACGGGACACGGAAACAGAUUCUGGAUGACACGGGGAAAAACAAACAAAAACAAACAAACGAACAAACAGUCUGACAGAAUUGCAGGACCAAGCGGCCACCUCCAGGGUUUAUACAGACUGUGGGCAGGACGGUAAAAUGAAACAUGCAUGAGGACACGUUGCCAUGGUGAGGUCAUUUUGUUUACAAAGACUGAAAUAAAAAGCAUUAUAUAAUUUUCCAGUAAUGUCCAGAUCAGGUGUGUUUUCUCCCUGUGUGAGGGACAGUGUUACUACAGUUACUGAGAAACAAUAUGUAAUUAAAUUACAGUUACUGAUCAAGAUGUUGGUGAUUACAAUGGAGUUACAUCCAGAUAUAUUCUCUUGGUUAAGGAGUUUAAAUGUAACACUCAUUCUGCUGCUCUGCAUCUUUUCACCUGGUGAGGAAUGUUUUCAUUUUUUAUUUUUGUGGGCAUAUUUCUGGACAGUGCAGGUCAGCAAAGCCGUCAAACAAAUUUGAGUUGAAACUUGUGCACUUAUGUUUUUAGGAUUAUUUCUGCGACUUUAAGGCCCAGUUGAAAACAUUUGUGAGAAAAGUAAUCAAAUGUAAUAAGUUACUUUGAUGAAGUUAUUAAAACAGUUACUUUAGUUGUUACAUUUUUAACAGGGUAACUAGUAAUCUGUAUCCGAUUACAUCUCAAAAAUAACCGUCCCAACACUGGUGAGGAAGCUGCAUAACAUCUGAUUGUAAAUUCUGUCAUGGAGGACGAUAAGAGUAUUUAAAUUUUGAACGGCAGUGUCAUCUACCAUUAAUGUUGCCGACGUUCUCGCCUCAUUUUACCGUCUUGCUCUCGCCCGACAAAAUGAUUUCUGGUUUGCUUUGUACCGUCUCCCUGACUGCACGUGAACGCAGCAUUAGAGCGGCAUUAAAUUGUCAGUCUUUCAUGGCAACAAACAUUUUAGUCAUUACUCCAGCACUCAGUCAGCAGGUUCAUGUUUUAAAGACGAAUCUGCUGCUUUUCAGUGAUAAAUGUGGUGUUUUACGUCACUAUGGAGACCUGUGGUUUUAGAGGGUCUGGAGUGAAAGACUGGAAAAGGGAUGAAAAUAGAUGUGAGGACUGGAUUUACAUCAGCAGGGAAACAUGAAAUGUGAAACCCUGGUGUGAAACAAGUGAUGAAUAAGGGACGAGACAAAGUCAGGAGCACGUUAAUGACCUCACACACACACACACACACAGGGAAAAUCUGAUCUGAUGGAUGGAUAAAUUGAAAGAGACUAUGCACACAUUCACAUUCAUGCAUUCAUCCUGUGAUCACAUGAGAUCAAGCUGAAGCUGCUGACUGGAGGAAACUGUUCACAUCACUCCUCUGCUCUAAAAAACAAUCAGGAUGUGAGAAUGACUUUUUUUAUCCUCCACUCAGUGACCGUGGAGAUGCUGCAUGAGCAUGACCAGCUGAAAGCACUAUACAAGUACAAUAUGCACAGUUACAAGUAAUAUUCAUGUUAUAUUCAGCCUUACUACAGCGCCUUCUUCACAGCAGCUGCGCCGCCUCCUGUUUCUGCAUCCUGACACUUCGCUGACUAAAGACUUUGAAUGAAACUACCAGCACUCUGCUGAUGACAGCGGCACCGUUGUGACUGUUGAUCAUUUUACAAGCUGUUUUAGACGAAGCUGCGGAGCGCCCAGGGAUUUCAAAUCUUCUAUAUUUAAUUUUAUAAAUAUUAGGCCUUAGAAGUCAUUAAAUAGUUUUACAUUUAACUUUGUAAGGUUUAAAUUGUCACAGAUUUGAUCCAGUUUCAUUCAUUCAUCUGUUCUUUUUGUCAAAAUGAGUUGAAUUCCACAUUUCUGACGUUACAAAUCUUUAAAGCUCCAGUGUGUAGGGUUCAGGGGGAUAUAUAGGGACAAAUAAUAUAAUCAGUUUGUUUUCAAUGAAUGUACAAUCAGAUGAAAAUAAGAUUUAUUAUGUUCCUGUUACCUCAGAAUGAGACGUUUAUGAGAGAGACAGCCUGAGAGAGCAUUUAUGGCGCAAAUAAAAAGAGAUGAUUAGUCAUAACAUCAGUCCUAAAUUUGGUUUAAAAUGAUCUUGAAAAGGUUUUAAAAAGAAUUUAACAGAAAUCGUGUGUAUUGAGUUUACAGUUUGCCCUACAAGCACUUUUAUUCUGAAGGUCAGAGGAUGUUGUUCUCACAAGUACAACCUGACUGUGUGCACAUUAAUCACUCGCUCAGUACAGAUUUUAACCCCCGGGGCUCCAAACAAACACAGCAUGUCUGUUUCUGUACUUUCAAUGUGAAAACAUAACUGCUUAUUAUUAAUGAGAGGCUUUUAUGCCUGAAACCCCAAAAUCACAUGACAGAGCACUACAACAGAUACUGAAUUCAAACACUCCAUGUUUUUGCUCAGAGAUGUUUUUAUUGACGAACGUUAACAGUUAAAUGUGGAAAAUUAUUAAAGGCUGAUUCCAAUAAUUUAAUAUUUUACAGACACGAAAAAUAAAAGAUUCAAUAAAGGAUCUAUGGAAGCCCAUUUCUGCCAAAAUCCUUUCAGUCAUUAUGAGACACCUUCUCAAAAUAUUAUUACAUUAUAUAUUAUUAGAAUAUUAUUAUUUUUAUCUCAAAAUAAAGACUUUGUAUUUAAAUAUAAUGACUUAUUUAUCUUGAAAUAAUAUUACAUAGUAUUUUAGUAUUUCAAAAUAAUUACUUCAUAUCUCAGAGUAAUAAAUGAUAGGAAGUCAUUAUUUGGAGAAAGUUUCUCAUUUUAAUAACUUGGAGGAUUUUUUUUCAUCACAGGCAGAAAUGAGUUUGCACAGAUUCAAAGGGCCUCAUGUGAGAACACUUGUUUUUAACACAUGGUUCAGUGUUCGUGAGGAGGUUUGAUCAUUAGCACACUCGCCGCCCUCACAUUGUAAUGUAAAGCUACCUGUUCAUUUGUUGUCAGAUUGCAUUGACAGAAAUUGUAAUGUUUCAUUUUUUAUCAUAGUUUAGACCUCAUAUUUAUUCCAUUUCAUUGAAAUUGUAGUUUUGUUUUUCCCGAAGAAGUUAAACCAUCAGUCCGUGACUCGUACGACAGCUCGAUUAUUCUCUUCAGUCAUUCGUACGUGCCGCUCACAAUGUGUUGGUAGAGGAGGCUCCUGCAUGAAGCCCAGUGUUUGCCACAACAGAAUGAUCCUGGUAGAAAACAACAAAUCUUUGAGCUGUUCAGUGAAUCUAAUGACCACAAACCUCUGAGCUGUGGCCUGUUUCUAACUGUGCUUUCAUUUCAGUGCUGCAUGUUUGAGAAAUCCUUAGUAACUCUGAUCUGAGUGACUAAAUGUUUACAUGGUCGCUGCAGAAAUGUUUGAAACAGUUUGAAAAGAAAAGGUUUUAAAGGGAUAGUGCACCCAAAAAUGAAAAUUCAGCCAUUAUCUACUCACCCAUAUGCCGAGGGAGGCUCAGGUGAAGUUUUAGAGUCCUCACAUCACUUGCAGAGAUCCAAGGGGAGAGGAGGUAGCAACACAACUCCACCUAAUGGAGGCUGACGGCGCCCCAGAUUCAAACGUCCAAAAACACAUAAUUGAAACCACAAAAUAUCUCCAUACUUCACCUGAGCCUCCCUCGGCAUAUGGGUGAGUAGAUAAUGGCUGAAUUUUCAUUUUUGUGUGCACUAUCCCUUUAAGUUCGAAAUGAGUUCAUUUCUUCAGAUAGAGUUUCUGUGAAUCGAUCGAAAUGACACAAACAUCUUGUCUUUUUGUAAACUCCAUUUGAAGGAAUUGUUCAGAUUUUUUUAAGUGGAGUUGUAUCAGUCAUUUUCCACAGUCAGUAUGUUACCGACAGUAAAUGUCGGUCGACACGUCCUCAUCAGGCUGGAGAAACAAGCUCAGCUAUGUGCUGCUGUAGAGAGGUCAGCACCAAAAUGGAUUUUACACGCUUAAAAAAAUCAAUGGAGUCUGGCUUUGAAGAGAGCAGCUUCAUUUUCCCGUCGGAAAUCACUGUCUGACUGCAAGGUUAAAAUGUUCUAAAUAUGGCCGACACUUAAACUUAUAAUGAUUUUUUUAGGUGGAUAAAAUAUGUGUUAUUGUUGGCCCUGUCCACAACAGUACAUUACUGAGCUUCUGUGUCGGACUCCUGUCUGCUUCUCCAAACUGGGGCGUGCUGACUGACAUCAAUAAGUAACUCAUGCAACCCCACUACAAAAAAAUCUGAUCUAUCCCUUUAACCACAUUCACCUGCUGAGAAUCAGAGGACCGAUGAGGUGUAACAUCAGAAUCUUUGACUUGUUUUGUGUCUGUCAUGUUUCAGUCGGCGGUUCGGCUGCAUCUCCACUGAGUCCAAACCAAAUUUAAGCUCCAGUUUACAACAAACAGCCGUCGACUCGUCUGUUUCCUCCUCGUCCAUUCUUCAGAUUUCACUUCCUCUCAGUGGAAAUGCAGCCGUCUGUCUGUGUGGAUGUAGCAGCACUGCUUCACAGAGCGAUAUACAAGUAUAUUUUCAAGUGUAUUUUAUGGAAUAAAUUUGUUACAAAGUUC